AUGUCAUCCAAUGCAAAUACAACAGCCACGAUGGAUUCCAUCAAAAAGAAAAUGCAAUCGAUGAAACUCGAAAAAGAGAAUGCGGUUGAUCGUGCUGAACAAGCCGAACAAAAACAAAAAGAUCUCGAAGAAAAACUUAAAGCCUCAGAAGAAGAAAGCAACAGUUUACAGAAAAAGAUCCAACAAAUCGAAGCAGAACUUGAUGCUGCUCAAGAACAAUUAGGUGAAGCUAAUGGCAAAUUAGAAGCCAAAGAAAAAGCUGCUACCGAUGCUGAAGGAGAAAUAGGUGGUCUUCAACGUCGUAUUCAAUUAGUCGAAGAAGAUCUGGAACGUACAGAAGAACGUCUAACACAAGCAACACAGAAACUCGACGAAGCUUCGCAUGCUGCUGACGAAAGUGAACGUGGUCGCAAAGGUCUUGAACAACGUACUUUUCAAGAUGACGAACGUAUUGCCACACUUGAACAGCAAUUGGCCGAAGCACAACUUAUAGCUGAGGAUUCCGAUCGAAAAUAUGACGAGGUUGCUCGUCGUAUUGCCAUUAUGGAAGUCGAUUUGGAACGUGCUGAAGAUCGUGCUGAAGCUGCUGAAGCGAAAACUCUUGAACUUGAAGAAGAACUCAAAGUUGUCGGUAACAAUAUGAAAUCACUUGAAAACUCUGAACAAGAGGCUAUCCAACGUGAGGAAAGUUAUGAAGAACAAAUUCGUGAUUUGACAACACGUCUUAAAGAUGCUGAACAACGUGCUGAUCUUGCUGAACGUACAAUGGCCAAAUUACAAAAGGAGGUCGAUCGCCUCGAAGUUUUUCUCUUGAUUUGUUCGUCUUACAAUUAUUAUCCUUACCAUUAUUAUUCUUAUCAUUGUUUUGUAUGUGUAAAUUUAUUGAUCAAUAUUUUUAAUCACGAAUUACUUGCCGAAAAAGAGAAGUACAAGGGUGUCAGCGACGAACUCGAUAUGACAUUAAACGAAUUGUCGGGUUAUUAA